AUGCAGGAAGCAAACGUUUGGCUCAUCACGGGCACCAUCUCGUGCAUAGGUGCCGCCCUCAUGAAACAGUUCGCCGCAAGGGGUGAUAAGGUCAUCGCCACAGGUCGGAACGCUACAAUGAGGCUGGCAGACAAGAAGUCGGAUGCCGCUGUCCCUUUCGACAUCAAUGUAACCUCACCGCUGGCAGAUAUCAAAGCCCAGGUGCGAGAGGCUAUCCAGAUUUUCGGCCACAUCGACUUCGUUGUCAGCAAUGCUGGCUACUCUCUCCUGUCAUCCAUCGAGGAGGCGGAGAACCUUUUCGGAGCGAUGAAGGUCGUCCAGGCCGUUCUCCCCCACUUUCGCGAGAGGAAAUCGGGCACCUUUGGAUUCAUCGGUGCUGGGUUUGGCUGA